AUGGACGGCUCUCACUACCAGUCUAAUGUCAUAGGCACAUCAGCAUCAAGCUAUCCGUCGCCAGCAGCAAUCUCGCCCCAUCAAUUGCAGCAGAACGGCCACAUGCCGCCGCACACGCUGCCGCCUCUGCAACCUCAGAACCCGGCUAUGCAAUCUAUCUACGGGAGUCACCCGCACACGCCGCGAACUCCUGGUACUCCUGGAACUCCCAAUCCUCCCAACAGCAUGAGCAAUUACCCUCCGCCUUCCCAAGGUGCUGGUCGAGGCUAUCCACAAAUGAUGCAGAACCCGUACCCGCAACCCCACCAAGGAUAUGGCACUUCCUCCUCCAUGAUGCCUCAAUCCUCUGUCGCCGCCUCCCACCCGCAGCCCAUUGCGCCGGCUCCCGCCAGCCGACCGCCCGUCCUGCGGCCUAUGCCCGCUGGUGGUGUCAUGCCUCAGUCCGGCCUGUCGUCUCCCUAUGGUCAAAGUCCGCUGAUGCCCCACCAACAGUCUCUCAUGCAGGAAAGUGACCAGCCUACUCACGUCGUUGGCUCUCAAGGACGUCGCGGUAUUUUGCCCAGUGCCCCGGGAAGACCUGCUGCCCCUACCGGUUCUGGCGCUGCCAAGAGUACCGUCAUCCCCCAGAAGGAUGCGGAUGGCAAGUUUCCUUGCCCUCAUUGCACGAAGACCUAUCUUCAUGCAAAGCAUCUGAAGCGCCAUCUGCUCCGACACACCGGCGACCGCCCCUACAUGUGCGUGUUGUGCCGGGACACGUUCUCCCGUAGUGAUAUCCUGAAGCGUCACUUCCAGAAGUGCUCGAUUCGCCGCGGAAACCCGACUGGGGCGAGCCAUCUGUCCCACCCCCAAGCUCACGUUAAGAAGCAUCAACAGCAACAACAGAAGCAAGCUGAGGGCGAAAUGGCCCAGAUGAACGGUAUGAACAAUAUGCAGGGCGACAAUGUAGUGCACCCCUUCGGCAUGGUCCAGAUGAACGACGGAAUGCAGAACAUGGCCAACGACCAGAACCAACUCUCGAGAUCUAGUAGCAUGAGCCGAAUGGAAGAUGCCAACAAUCGCGACCGACGAAGCAUGACUGGUGGUAACUCGGUCUACAACGGCGAUAUGCAGAGCACCAUGGCGUCCAACAUCAACCCGCAGCUGGCCAACUACAGCAUGUCCCAGAACCAGAACGGGAUGCCCAUGUUUGGAGGUUCCAACCCAGGCCAACAGGAUCUCAAUUGGAAUAUGUUCCAGCAGACUGGUGCGCAAGAGACCUACGUCAAUACGUUCCCUCCUCCGAAUCCUAAUCUUGGACAGACGCAGAUCGCAACCAAACGAGAACAUAACCUAGACACCGCAAGGGCCACUGGGCUUCCGGGCACGACCGCGAACAACGUGAACGAACGACCGCCUUUCUUUGCCAACUGGGGAAUAUCGUAUCAUCAGCUGUCUUCACAGAUCAUCAACUUCUUCCACACUCCCGGAGCUGUCGUGGGCCCCCCAACGGCUGGUAUCAACACCUUCUUCUCGCCAGCGAACAUAAAAGACUUUCUAGAAAAAUAUAUUCAUUACCACGUCCAUUUCUCCUUUUUACACACCCCCACAUUCCAUCCCAUGGAAACGUACACUGGCCUUCUCGCCGGCAUGUGCUGCAUUGGAGCAUGCUAUUCCGAUCAAGUAUCACCUGACCACGUUCGCGAUGCCAUGAAUUUUCUGAAGAUUGCUCUGGAUGCCGAUUCAGAUCUUCUGUCAGACCACCAGGAAAUUAAAUCCGAGCAUGGGGCUCCAACUCGCGACAAUAGGAAAGACAUUGAACAACUGCAAGCGCUUGUUCUCUUGACGGCCCUAUUACUUUGGAAUGGCACGCCAGCCCAACGGGAGACGUCUACGCGCCUUUUCCCCAUGGUUGCGGGCAUUGCUAGACGCCGCGGCUUGUUGCAAGUCUCGGCUGACUCUUCUCUCUACAGUAUUCUCCACCAACCCAACUUGUCUCUGGAAUCUGUCAAUCCCCAGAGCUUCGACUGGUCCACGUGGGUUGAACAGGAGCGGCGUGUGCGGCUGAUGCACAUGCUUUACUUGACUGAUGUGGCACAAAGUCUCUACUUUAAUACUAGGCCCCAGUUUGACAGCUUUGAGUUGCACAUUCCGUUGCCAGCAGAUGACGCGGCUUGGGAAGCUCAGACUCCAAUUGAGUGCGCCGAAGCGCUUCAUCUGUAUGGUUCCGAAGCGGCAAAAGCACGAAAUCCCGAUGGGUCUCAGCGUAGCAAGCAGCCUGAAGUGGAUCUUGCACUCAAGGCCUUGUUUCACCCCUCAUAUCAGAUUCAUCCUGGAAGCACAAACCUCUACGGCAAAUUCAUUAUCGUUCAUUGUCUGCUUGCUCAAAUCCGCCACGCGCAACUGGGUGGCAAUUUGAACAGUAUCAGCGGCAUCAAUGGUUCCUUGACGCCCCUCUCUCAGAACGAUUGGAUUUUCAAGUCUGGUUCCGAAGCUGGCAGUGGCAACGUGAGCGCAAACAACAGCGGCAGAGCUACACCUGUCAAUGCCUUGAACCAGGGCCUCACCCCUCAGGUGUACAAGUCAUUCUGCACUGCGCUCGACAAAUUCAAGUCGAACUGGGACAUGGACAUGGCGAUUCAGUUUCCACCAAACUCGGUUCAGAAUCCCCGACGGUAUGGUUUCUCGCGCGAUGGGAUCCAUCACUUCUGGUUGGCGAAGUGGCUACUGAAGAACACUCGACCUGGGGAUUUGCAAAUGCCGGCCGAGCAUCGUUUCCGUCACGUCAUGGGACUCCUCAAAUCAGUCAAGGCCUGGGUAAUGUCUGAUGGGGUCAACAGAGGUGAAGAGAUGGGCUCCGUUGGCGACAUCGCUAAUGACUACGGCGCUCGAGAUGCUCAGGAUCUAACUGUCAACAUGACGGACUUGUUUCGGCCACUGCCGCAGGUUGUAAAUUCUCCUGCCAUUAAGACGGAGAUAUGA